AUGGUUAGUCUAGCGCUAUUGGGGAUCUUGGCAAAACCAGCUACAGACCUUGGGAAGGGUUUGACAGAAUUUCUCUGGCCUCAGUUGUGCUUUUGUUUUACUUACAAAGAUAAUGUCAAUAACCUUCGGAAACAAGUGGAAAAACUACUUGCAAGGAGAACUGAUGUUGAAUAUUCGGUUGAACAAGCACAACUGAGAGGAGAUACAAUCUUAAAAGAAGUGGAAAGGUGGAUGGGAAAAACAACUGAGAUUGUAUCAAAAUUUAGGAGCUUGUAUGAUGAUGAUUUAUUAUUUUCAAGGGAUACUAGGAAAUGUUGCGCUCGUUAUGUGCUAAGCAGAAAAGCAGUGAAGAUUCUGCAGGAGGUUUCAAACCUUAUAGAGGAAGGGAAAUUUGAAAAGGGGGUAUCACAUUCCUCAGCUUCUCCUCCUGACACAAAUGCAAUUCCAGCUGCAGAAUUUGUGGCUUUUGAGUCAAACAGAUUGGCCAUGGAGAGGGUAAUGGGGGGAUUAAGGGACAAAGAAGUACAUAUCAUUGGGUUACAUGGUAUGGGCGGAGUGGGUAAGACAAUGCUGAUAAAAGAAGUCGGUAGACAAGCUAAAGAAGAUGGGCUUUUUGAUCGGGUAUUAACCAUAGUCAUUUCCCAAAAACCUGACUUAGCAAGGAUUCAGGCUCAAAUUGCCAGUUCAUUAGGACUACAAUUUAGAGAGGGGGGGAAUACACUCAUAAGGGCAGCAGAGCUCUCUGAACGAUUCAAAAGGGAGAGGAGGGUCCUUGUGAUAUUGGACGACAUAUGGGAUGCACUAGAUUUAUCUAAAGUGGGAAUUCCCAUAGGUGGAAACCAUAGAGGCUGCAAAGUUGUAAUCACCACAAGAAGAGAGAAUGUAUGCCAUGAGAUAGGUAAUAUGGGAAACCAUACAAGGAUCAUACUUUUAGAUGCCUUAUCAGAAGGAGAUGCUUGGGAUUUGUUUAGAAGGAAUGCUGGUGACAUUGUCAACAACACAGCAAUCCAAGAUGUUGCAAGGGAUGUCGCAAGGGAAUGUGGGGGUUUACCCAUUGCACUUGUCACAGUUGGAAAGGCACUGAGAGAUAAGAAUAAUUUACGAGUAUGGAAAGCGGCAAGAAAUCAACUUAGAAAGUCUACGAGCUCAAACAUCGAAGGAAUGCAUGACAGAGCAUUGCCCUGUUUGAAGUUGAGUUAUGAUUAUCUGAAAAGUGAAGAAGAAAGGAAACUGUUCUUGCUUUGUUCCUUGUUUCCUGAAGAUUAUGACAUCAGUAUAGAGUUACUGGUGGAAUACGGGAUAGGUGAGGGACUGUUUCAACAUGUAGACACAAUGGAGGAAGCAAGGGAUCGAGCACUUAUGAUUGUAGACAAUUUGAAAUCUUCUUGUUUGUUGUUAGAUGGGAUGAGGCAAGAUUGGGCUGUGUCUUUCCAUUAUGCUAUAGGGAGUGUUAGAAUGCAUGAUGUGAUUCGUGAUAUGGCCAUUUCCAUUGCAUCUAGUUCCAGUUCUAGUGAUCUAUUCUUGGUAAAAGCAGAUGUAGGAUUGCAGUGCUGGCCGAGGAAUAAUUCAGCAUCUGAAAAAUAUUCAAGUAUCUCAUUGAUGGGCAAUCCAGGUCUUCGUGAGCUCCCUGAUGGGUUGAUUUACCCGAGACUCCGUACCUUGCUGUUGCAAGAAUGCUAUGGCUAUGAACCUGUUACAAUGCCCGGUAGCUUUUUUGAGCACAUGAGCACACUUAGAGUUUUGGAUCUGAGUCAUAAUAUCUUUCAAUAUCCCUCACCAUUCUUAUUUGAACCCUUGACAAAACUGCGUGUACUUUGUAUACGUGUGUUUUACGUGAUGAGUACACCUAUAGAUCUCAGGUUUGGAGCUCUAAAGAGAUUAGAGGUACUUCGGUUACAAGUGUUUCAGUUGGUGGCCUUCCCAAAAGAUAUAGCCCAAUUGGUGAAUUUACGGUUGUUGGAUUUGUCAUCAUGUCGUUUCACUACAAUUCCACCCGGAAUUUUAUCAAGGCUUUCUCAGUUGGAAGAACUAUACAUGAAAGGAAGCUUUAAUGAGUGGGGCAUGGUGGUAGUUCAAGGAGGGAAUACUGGAGAAAUUACCAAUGCUGGCCUUGCUGAGAUAAAUCGCUUGCAUCGUUUGAACAUAUUGCACAUUGACAUAGCACGCGGUGAAUGUGUUCCCCAAGAAGCUGAUUUUCUUCCAACAUUGACUAAAUUUCGCAUACUUAUUGGUAGCACCAUUGAAGAUGCACUUGCAAUCGAAAAUAUAUCUAGAACUCCAAGAGAGUUGGUCCUCAAUGGUAUUGUAAUCAACAAUUUGCCACGCUGGUUCAAGAGAGAGAUAUUGGCUACAACAGUGGGACUCAAGUAUACUCCAAGGAGGGCAGUGAAUAUUCUUGUAGAAUUUGAUCAAUUUGGUUUACUAGAUUGUUUGCAGGUUCUCAUUGUUCAUGCCUGUACUUUGAUACAAUCUCUCAUGAAUGCAACAGAAUGGAAUCCAAAAAGAUCUGCAUUUAUUAAUUUAGUGAAACUGUAUCUCAUCAAUCUAUCCAACUUGAGGAACAUUUGCCUUGGCCAACUCCCAACUAGCUGUUUCAAGAAUCUAAGAGUCCUACGAGUUUUCAACUGUCCACAACUGAGGAAAGUCAUGACUGCAUCACAAGCUAAAAAUUUGCAGCAAUUGGAAGAGCUCGAAAUAUCAUUUAACCAAGCAAUGGAAGAAAUUGUGGAAAGGGAAGGAAGAGGAGAAGUGCAUGAGACAAUCGUGUUUCCAAGAUUGAGGACUGUUCGACUUCUGGAAAUGCUUAACCUAAUGUGUUUUUAUGGAGGAGAUUCUCUGGUUGAAUGCCCAUCCUUGGAAGAGGUGAUCGUUGAUACCUGUCCAAAUUUGAAGACAUUCGCUUCCGGUUUGCAAUUCACACCCAAAUUUAGGAGGAUAAGAGCCUUAAUAAUGGGCAGAGGGCUAGAUAUUGAUGUGGAGCAGCCACUCCAUGGCCAACUAAACUCUGCUCUGCGACUCCAUUUCUCAAAAUGGGUGGAAGCAAUAACUUCAGGGGUGCAGAGUACAGCUAAACCUUUCGAUCCUCGUUCACAUUUAUUUACAAUGUUUGGAUUAUGGGAAGGCUAUCCAUUUGUUGACUUAGUUUACAAGUCAAUAGAAGUAACUUCACGGAUACAGUAUGUGGUCACAUAUGAAAAUGAGGUCCUUGUCAGCUCAAAUGGUGUAAAUGGAAAAAAACGAAACACCAUUCGUGUAAAUGUCACUCCCACCGUUGAAACAUCAGCCGGUGAACAUCAAGGAUCUAUGGGGGACCAACAGAAUGGCAGCACCCCAACACAAAGUGUUGGAGGAAGUAGCAAACAGCAAGGUAAGCGGUUAAUUGUCUCACAUGGAACAGAAACUCCAAUUCUGAGACAAGAAGAGAGCAGUACAUUAAGAGAUAAGAGUAGAACUUCCCUAUCAAAUGCUAAUGGCACCAGCACAACACAAAAGCCCAGUGGACGUAACAGAUUGGGAACAGAGCAAUUAGCCCUGCCAGUAAAUAUUGGCACCAACACACAAAGUUUGCAAGAUGGUCAAAGAAUUCCAACAGAGAACUCUAAUCGUGGUGAUACAAUGCAAAGGCCUAGAGAAAGUAGCCCCCCCUCAACAAAUGUCAAAGCCAGUAUUGACAGGCCAGGAGAAAGUAGCACAUUGAGAGAUGAUGAUGGAUUAACAAAUUCUAAUGGAAACGCCACGAAUGUUGUUAAGGCCAUAGUAGAAAAGCCAGGAGAAAUUAGCACACUGGAAGGUAAAGAAGGAACCCUGUUAUCAAGAGCCAAUAACAACACAACAAUGCAAAGGUCCGGGGAAGGUGGCACCACAAUGCAAAGUCUGGGCAGUAGCACAAUGGAAAAUAACUAUACAAGUGCCCCAUCAGAUGCCACAACUAUAUGGGAGAAAGGAGAAAGUAGCAAUCCAGGAGCAAAUAUUGCCACUACUGCACCAAGUCUCAGAGACAACCAAAGAAUCCUCAUAGCAAAUACUAAUGGUGACAGCACAAUGCAAAGGCCGAGAGACAGUGCUUCCCUCUUUACAAAUACCAAUGCCACCACAGGAACGCAAGGAGGAUUUCAAAGUGGAGAGGAUGAUCAAUAUUCCAUCCGAAGGUGCAUUGAGGUUCUAACUGCCAUUGACAAUGUGAGUGACAAUAUUUACUUACAGGCACUCAGGAUGUUCCAAGAUCCUAGUUGGAGACAGACUUUCAUUAGUUUGACAACUGAUAGAAGGGUUAUGUGGUUGAAGAGUUUGGAAUGAUAUUUCAAUCCUGGUUGUUGUUUAUGUCUAUUUAGGACUGGGUUCUCUCUCUCUCUCUCUCUCUCUCUCUCUCUCUCUCUCUCUAUAGAUCUCUUUCUGAAUAUGAUUGCAGUGUGUUUCAUGAGAUAGAACUUUGAAUUGAGGCAGCAGUUUUCUUUCUUCCUUACAUGUCUGGAUUGAGCAUAAAGAGGAAUUCAUGUGACCUUCUGUUUAGUUACUAUUAAGGACUUUCACACCAUCUGGUGACUUCUCUUAUGUUCACAGUGGAGUGAAACUUGAAAAACUUUGUAUUUGUGAUGGGAUUGCUAUUGAUGCUGCCUCUAGAUCGAGAUUUAGAUUUCAAUAAUGGCAUUAGUGGUCCACUGCUGAUGGCAAUGCCGAAGG